CCUGAGCUCCUGAGGAACCUCACAAAAGAACAGCAAAAAUCACAGUUAUUCGGGGGUAUAGUAGAUUAACGUAAGAGGAACAUAUAAUUGAACUUUUAUUUUUUAACAACUGCACUUCACUAGAUCUACUGGAUCAUCUGAGAGAUUCAACUGAAUCAAGAUGCUGCUGAUGAUUGAAGCUCUUCUUUCCAUUUCAGCUGCUGUAGGAAAGGAUCCAAGAAGUGAUGCUGCUGAUGGACAGAUAUUUUCAUUGGAUAUGGCAGAGGAUUCAGUUGAUGACCUUUAUGUCGGUUGCAAAACUAACAUGGCAGACCAGGUGAAGACAGAAUUGUUAGAGAAUGAACUCAAUAUAUCAACUGAAUUUAAAACAGCCUGGCAGAACGGUGAAAAGAAUGUCAAGAUCCUAAGUGAUAACUUGACAUGGGAUCAUUCAGUUGCCAUUUAUGUGUACACUAACUCACUUUUGAAUCUGUAUCAGAAUUUUGAUAAUGCUGUUCGUACUGAUAAAAAAAAAUACCAAGACAAGACAUUCCCAUGGUAUUCACUUUUCUUUUUCCUGACAGAAGCAAUACAAAUUCUGAAAGAAAUGCAAAAUGGAUGCAGAUUAACAUAUCGUGGUACAAAUGUUGAAUUUAAUGGGAAUGUCCUGAACACAGAGGUUCGUUUUGGCCAGUUUGCUUUGUCCUCACUUGAUCGUACAAAAGCAGAAAAAUUUGGAACUACGUCUUGUUUUGAAAUUAGAACUUGUGAAGGGGUGGAGCUGGCAAACUACUCAAGAUUUCCUUAUGAGAAAGACGUACUGAUUCCUCCAUAUGAGAAGUUUAGUGUCACUGAAGUCAAGAAAAGAACAGAUCAUGCAGAUCUCUGGUGUGAAACUGUGUACAUAUUGGAAAGCACUGGAGUAAGAAGUGACCUGAACUGUGCUAUCUUCAGGAAUCAAACGGAGAUAAGGAAAACAUCAGCAUUUAACAAUAAUGCAUUUUGCAGAUGCGUUCCUCAAAAGCUACGUACAAGUUAUGAAAUCUAUCAGUCAGAGGAGUUUUUAGGCAAACUAGGAUGUAGGAGUAGACACAGAGGCUAUCCCAUCAUUAGAGGAAUGUACUUGGUGCAACAAAAUUAUCGGCUCUGCCGACGGCUCUUGCGUUCCCUGGGAAUCAACACCCUGACUUUACUAAAGCCUUGUUGCAGGUUGUUGUAGAUAAGGUAAUAAUUCAAAAUGUAUACAGUUUCAUUUGAUCUAUUCAUUUCAAUUAAUGCUUAUUUGUAUUGUUUUUCACAAAGUAGUUUUACAGAAAAUGCAUGCUAUGUUACAACCAAGAGUAAUCUGAUUUCUAUCAAAUAACUACAUAUUACUUUUAAUUUUUAGAUUAUUUUCCUAUUACUGCUAGAUUUUGUAUUUUAUGCUGUAUUGUCUACAAAAGAAAGUUAGU